AUGGCUUAUAAUCUUCGAUGGGGCAUCCUUGCCACCGGUGGGAUUGCAGAAACCUUUGUGAAAGAUCUGCUACUGGACCCGACAAAGCGAGGAGUCACAGACGUCGCCCAUACAGUAGUCGCUGUAGCCUCAUCUUCAUCCAAGUCGUCAGCAGAUUCAUUCGUCGAAAGACUCCAGAUUCCCGCACCAUGCGCAACAUACGGAUCUUACAAAGAAGCCGUUAAUGACAACAACGUGCAAGCAAUCUACGUGGCCAGCCCACACUCCCACCACUUCCAGCACGCAAUGCUAGCCCUCGAAGCCGGGAAACACGUUCUCUGCGAAAAAGCCUUCACCGUCAACGCAGCCCAGGCCAAGAUCCUCUGCGAAACCGCCAAGCAGAAGGGCCUGUUUCUCAUGGAAGCCGUAUGGACCCGGUACUUCCCGCUGAGCAUCCAAGUGCGACAACUGGUGCAGUCCGGGGCUAUUGGCGAGGUGCUGCGUGUAAUCUCGGACCUGAGUAUCGGGGGCGAGCCCGAAACUGCCUGGGACUCGAGCCAUCGCAUGAUUAACAAGGACCUAGCUGGCGGUGCCUUGCUUGACUUGGGUGUAUACGCUCUAACAUGGGUAUUCCAAAUCCUUUACCACACCUUACCGCGCUCUCAGCGCAGAGAGCCAUCCCAGAUCUUGUCGAGUAUGUCCAAGUAUCCUCAAACCGGAGCAGACGAGUCAACAACCAUGCUCAUAACAUUUCCCACUACAACGCCAUCGGCCCUUUCCAACCGAACCUCGGAAGCUGUGGCGAUGACGGCCUUCCGCGUGGCCACAGACCCGGAUAAUCGUGGCUCUGCCGGUCCCUCUAUCCAGAUACAGGGGACCAAGGGCCACAUUCUGAUCUUCGGACCUGCGUACGGUCCAGAGCGAUACCGCGUUGUACCGAGUAGUGGGUCGGGAGACCUGACAACCAUCCAGGAUGUCCAUAUGCCUAUCCCUGGCGGUGCGCGCGGUAUGUUUUGGGAGGCUGAUGAAGUCGCUCGUUGUUUGCGUGAUGGGAAGCUUGAGAGUGAUACCCUUCCUUGGGAGGAGAGUAUUGCGAUUAUGAAGGUUAUGGAUCAGGUUCGGGAACAAGGGGGGCUGGUUUAUCCGGAGAAUAUUGAGUCGACAGUUUACCCGUUAGAUCUAUGA